GCUGUGCGACUGAGCAUGUCUAUUCGGGUCUUGACAUAAUUGUUGUCAUAUAUUAUUACGACUGUCAUAUUAUGUGCAAAGUAGCGGAAAACUGACUACGAGGAAAAACUAUAACAUUUCUCCACUGACACUCACCCACCAUGAAACUGAACAUCGACGGGUUAUUGGUCUACUUUCCGUAUGACUACAUUUAUCCCGAGCAAUACUCAUACAUGCUUGAACUCAAGAGGACACUUGACGCAAAGGGUCAUGGAGUUCUCGAGAUGCCUUCAGGAACAGGGAAAACAAUUUCUCUUCUUUCUCUCAUCGUUGCAUACCAGACGACUUUCCCCUUAGAAGUGACCAAACUCAUCUACUGCUCUCGUACUGUACCUGAAAUAGAGAAGGUUGUGGAGGAGUUAAGAAAACUGAUGGAUUAUUAUGCGAAGGAAACAGGAGCCAAAUCUAACUUCCUUGCACUGGCGCUCUCUUCACGGAAAAACCUGUGCAUUCACCCUGAAGUGAGCUCACUGCGUUUUGGAAAAGAAGUAGAUGGGAAGUGUCACAGCCUGACAGCAUCGUACAUACGAGCGCAGCGUCACAGUAACCCAGCUCAACCCGUCUGCAAUUUCUAUGAGGAAUUUGAUUCAGUCGGUAGACAGGUGCCCAUUCCUUCUGGUAUAUAUAACUUGGACGAUCUAAAGGACUUUGGGCGUAGAAAAGGCUGGUGUCCAUACUUUGUGGCACGUUACUCUAUUCUCCAUGCAAACAUAGUAGUGUACAGCUACCAUUACCUACUAGACCCCAAAAUAGCCGACCUGGUCUCAAAAGAGCUGGCGAAGAAAUCUGUAGUCGUAUUUGAUGAGGCUCACAACAUAGAUAAUGUGUGUAUUGAUUCCAUGAGCGUCAACAUUACAAGGAGAACGCUGGAUCGCAGCCAGGCUAAUGUGGAAACGCUGCAAAACACCAUUAACAGAAUUAAGGAGACGGAUGCUGCCAAACUCAAAGAGGAAUACAGGAGAUUAGUUGAGGGUCUUAAAGAAGCAAAUGUUGCUCGAGAAACGGACAUUUAUCUCUCCAAUCCCGUUUUGCCGGAUGAAAUUCUUAAAGAGGCCAUUCCUGGCAGUAUCCGCACAGCCGAGCAUUUUGUGGGCUUUAUGAAGCGCUUCCUCGAGUACCUGAAGUCUCGCCUGCGGAUCCAUCAUGUGGUGCAAGAGAGCGCUCCUCAGUUCCUCAAAGACAUCUUUGAGAAAGUUUGCAUCGAUCGCAAGCCCCUGAGAUUUUGCGCUGAGAGGCUGCGGUCACUACUGAGGACUCUGGAGAUCGCAGAUAUCGCUGAUUUCUCAGCCAUCACUCUGAUCUCUCACUUCGCAACACUUGUCAGCACCUACAGCAAAGGUUUCACCAUCAUCAUUGAGCCCUUUGAAGAUAGAACACCAACCAUAGCAAAUCCUGUCCUUCACUUCAGUUGUAUGGACCCCUCUAUUGCCAUAAAGCCGGUGUUUGGCCGCUUUCAGUCGGUUAUUAUCACAUCAGGGACACUGUCUCCGUUGGAUAUCUACCCACGCAUCCUCGACUUCCGUCCGGUCACUGUGGCAUCCUUCACCAUGACACUGGCACGAACCUGUCUGUGCCCUCUUAUUGUUGGACGUGGGAACGAUCAGGUAGCGAUGACUUCCAAAUUUGAGACCAGAGAAGACUUUGCUGUGAUCCGUAACUAUGGAAACCUUCUGCUGGAAAUGUCUGCCAUUGUCCCUGAUGGAAUCGUGGCGUUCUUCACAAGUUACAUUUACAUGGAGAACAUUGUGGCCUCGUGGUAUGAGCAGGCGAUUCUUGAAAACAUUCAGAGGAACAAGCUUAUUUUCAUAGAGACCCAGGAUGCAGCGGAGACGAGCAUGGCCUUGGAGAAGUAUCAGGAGGCCUGUGAGAACGGCAGAGGAGCAAUUCUUCUGUCUGUGGCGAGAGGGAAGGUGUCUGAAGGAAUUGACUUUGUGCAUCAUUUUGGCCGUGCUGUUAUCAUGUUUGGAGUGCCGUAUGUUUACACUCAAAGCCGUAUUCUCAAGGCACGGUUGGAAUACCUCAGAGACCAGUUUCAAAUCCGGGAAAACGACUUCCUGACCUUUGACGCUAUGCGCCACGCAGCACAGUGUGUGGGUAGAGCCAUCCGAGGCAAAACAGACUACGGCCUUUUGAUCUUUGCUGACAAGCGUUACGCACGAGCGGAUAAGCGAGGCAAGCUUCCCCGCUGGAUCCAGGAACACCUUACAGAUGGAAGCUUAAAUCUGACCAUCGAUGAGACUGUGCAGUUAUCUAAACACUUUCUACGACAGAUGGCCCAACCCUUCAGACGGGAGGAUCAGUUGGGUCUGUCUCUGCUGACCCUGGAACAGCUACAGUCUGAAGACAUGCUCAAGAAAAUUGCCAAGAUUGCUCAGCAAGCCUGAAAUUCCUUAAAGUGGGAAUGCAACUAGUUCGGAUUGAAUCACAAUGUGUACAUAUUUAUUCUUUUGUUUCUUUUUUUAUGUUGCUUUAAACACAUUUUAUACAACAAUUAAUAAAUGCUUUAAUAAAUGCUGUUUUUGUAACAGA